CUAUGAACUGUCAAAAGCAGUCAAAAAUUUUCAGCGCUGAGAAGUUGAAGCUCCAGUGGGCAAUAUUUUAUUUUGUUUUUAAUAAAUUAAUUAAAAAAUAAUGGCGGAUAAUAAAGAAGUGGACAAAAAGGACGAUGAUCGCGAUCCAGAACUCGAUGAUUUGUUGGACAGUGCCUUACAAGACAUGACAAAGAAAGAGCCUUCUGCAGAACAAGUAUCUACUGGGGAAAGUCAAAAUAUGUGGAGUGAGGAGUUUAUAAAGGAAGCUGCAGCACAAUUUGAAAGCAACAUGGCUACUAUACUUGGCAGUUUUAGUGGUGUGCCUGAGGAUCAAAUCUCACAGGACCAAAUAGCACAAACAUUCUCCAAAAUGGCUGAGGCAGCUGCCCAAGUGCUAAAGCCACAAGGGGAAAGCAACAAUGCACCUGUGCAAGGUGAUCCUGCUGUACAGGGCAAGAUAGAUGAUGUAUCAGCAGCAAUAUCUCAAACUCUGCAGAACCUUAACACCAAUACAGAGAACUUACAAACACCCUUCUCAGAUGCUGACCUUGCAAAUAUGUUUGCGGAAUUCAACUUAUCUGAAGGAAGUCAGGAGGGCAACGCCUUUAUACCUUUCAUGCAAGGAAUGAUGCAGUCAUUAUUGUCAAAGGAGGUGCUCUACCCUUCGCUAAAGGAACUAGUUGACAAAUAUCCCGAGUGGCUUCGGAAUAACAAAGACACCUUGGAUCCAGUAGAAUAUGAAAGGUUCACCCAGCAAGAGAAAUUGAUGCGUCAGGUGUGUGAUGAACUGGAGCCGGAGCAGGAGUCCGACCCUGAGGAUGUCAAGAAGAGACGCUUUCAAGUUGUCUUGGAGUUGAUGCAAAAGACGCAAGACCUUGGACAGCCCCCCACAGAAUUGGUGGGAGAUAUGGCUGAACCUCCUCCGGGAUUCACCCCCGCUCCCGAUACGAAUUCACAGUGUUCACUAAUGUAAGGGGGGAGAGAAGAUUAAAAUGGGAAUUGAAGGAAGUCACCAGAGAGCAAAGGAAAAGUUUGUUGGAAGCCAAAAACCCCGAAAUAGAUAUAAUAUACUAAUUUUGACUGAUUUAUGAAAUGUAUUAAAAGAAUAUUGUGCAAUAUUGCAACUCGGAUCAGUCUGAUUAGGCCCUCGGUCGACCGCACACACGACGCAUGCCUCGUACACAGUACGAAUAUUUGACACAGAUGUUUUAGCAUAUAUUUCCUUAGACACAAUAUACUAAACACUUAGUAUACUCGAACGGCAAUCAAAUUUAAAUCAAGUUUUUUUUUUCUUUUUUGUCAAACUAUUUCUGUGUGAAGUUUGACGUGUUUGACAGCUCUCAAGACGAUUGUUACUUACGAAUUGAGUAUGGAGAUUAGUUUAGAAGUAAACUUUUUUUUAAUUUACUAAACUUGACUUCGUAUUUUGUAUGUGUGUUCUCAAUUUCAACGUUAAACAUUCAAACAGGUAAAAGUGUACGUAAUGUGUAAUACUCGCGUAAAUAAGAUAUAGACGCAUCAAGAAGUCAGCUUUUAGCAAAAUGAAAUAACAGUGUAAAUAAAGCUUUUAGCAUAUUAGAUAUAUACUUUGUUCUGACCAACAUAUGACAUAACUUGUAACGUAAACCAAACGUACUACGAAGGACACGUAUAUGAAAUCAUAGAUACUGUCGUCUAUCGAUAAUUUGAAGUGUUUAUCAUACACAGACUUGCCAAUUGUUUUGGACAAUGAUAGACUGAAGUCGCGCACUCAAAAAACUAUUACAGACUGUUUUUAUUACAGCUGUAAUUUAGAGGGUAGUUUCAUAUUCUUGACUUGAAUCCCUUUUACUCAAUUAUCCGGCUUAUUUGCUUGAGAAUGCAUGUUUAGAAAUAGUAAUUCCAGUGAAAGCGCUCAAAACGUCGACGUAUCGGCGACUCCGUGUGUGCGGUUGGCCUAGAUUUAUUUAAAAUGUUAUAUUUUAUAAAUAUAUUGAUUAGAUUAAUGUAAUGGUUAUUUAAUAAAGGUUUUCAAAUAAA